UGUUGAAUUAAUCAAUAAAAGCAAUUAAACGUAUGAAAAUUCAUUUCAUCUUAAAUCUAGGCGUGUUUACGUGUUGUCAGUAUUGCCAUUUACAAUUUGGAAUUUCCUAUUUGUCUAGUAUCGAUGUGUCUAGUGUCUAAAUCAACAAGCGAGUUAGCGACAUUUUGUAAUAUUUCGUGUAUUGAUUGAAGUGCCAGUUAGAUUUAAUUUUAAUACAGAAUAGAUUAUUGGUUUCAUAUUUACCUUUGUGAUUAUGUUUAAUAAGACUGUUUACCAACUCUUUAAUUAGAAGGCGUGAACGUGAGCAGUUUAUUGUGUUUAUCAUUGGUUUUCAGCGAUGGCAGUGCCCGACCAGUUUUCACUUCGGUGGAAUGACUUCCACGCAAAUCUCGCACUGUCGUUCCAAGCGUUGCUGGAUGGUGAGGAUCUAGUUGAUGUGACGUUGGCGGCUGAUGGCCAGUAUGUUCAUGCACACAAGUUAAUUUUAUCAGUCUGCAGUCCUUACUUCAAGGAAUUGUUUAAGAUGAAUCCAUGUGAACAUCCUAUAGUCAUUCUUAAGGAUGUCUCUUAUCAUGAAUUGAAGCAGCUUCUCCAGUUUAUGUACAAAGGAGAGGUGCAUGUUCGUCAGCAAGAGUUGUCUGCUUUCCUUCAUACAGCUGAACUCUUGCAAAUUAAGGGCCUCACAAGUGGCAGAGAGAAAAGCGAGUCACCACCGCCAGCCUCUGAUGAUUCCUGCACACCAAGAUCACAGAUCAAUGAAGCAACUAGCGACAGCUUGCCUGAGUGGGUUCAACCAGAAGAAACAUCAAGUAUGGAAAUACCCCCGGAAAUACCAGCAUUGAUUCCAAAGGAAGAAGCUGCAAGAAGCCCUCUAAAACGAUUAAUGAAAAAUACACAAAACAGAACAAGCAACAACAACAAAAAGAAACCCAGGCCUUCAGCCAACAACAGUCCCUCUCAUCCCGAAAACAGCGAGUUUGUUCCUGAAGGAGCCUACAGUGAUGUAUCUGGUGAACCCUUGAUCGACUUCGACAGCGAUAUGUUUCAUAAUAUCUUGGUUGUACCAGACUCUGCUAAAGAAACAGGUUGGAACUGCAAAACGGGCGGUGUUAAAUGUCCGUCGUGUCAUCGGUUCUUUGCCAAUCGUUACAACCUUAAAGUUCACAUACGAGACAAACAUGACACUAGAGAAGGGACAUUGCAAUGUGAAAUUUGCCAGAAACGUAUGCGUAAUCCGUCAUGUUUACGCGUGCAUAUGUAUCAUCACCGCAAGCAGGCCGCGUAUCUUGCGCAACUUAGCGCUCAGGGAGAUCAAAUGGGCGUCCAUAACAUGGUUGAGAAUAAGUGGCGUCCUGAAAAUUUGAAUGAUUAUCGGGAAAUGGAAAAAUUUACGGCAACUGCUACGGCGCCCGAGGCCAACCAGUUUCCGCAAGCUGCAGAAGGCCCGCAACAAGUUGAGCCGCUAAUGAAGACAGAACCAAAACUAGAGACAGCAUGAUUAAGGGUGAGACCGGAUGAUGACCUAAUUGACCCGAUCGAACUGGCACGCCGAUUUACUCAACAAUGCUGGUGGAAGAAUAUGGUCUUCUGUUUCAAACCGGACUAGAAUGCUUUUAUUUUAAACUUGUUUCUAUUUAUUUGCAAAUUUUGGUUACUUAUAAUUUUUUCGACGGCCACAAAUCAUUUAAAAUUAUAUUAGACUUGUGGCGUUUAGAUCGGAAGUAACAACAGCUUCAUUUAGACCUUACCAAAGGUACUGUUGAGUAUGUAUAUAUUAUUUCCAAUAUACAUUCCACCAUAUACAUUCCAAAGACUGAUUGAACAAAAAUAAUUUUAUAGAUUUUAUAAUUUACAUCGGUUUUAUUUUAACGCAGGAUAUAUUUGUUAGUGACUUACUUAGUUUUAAAACGUUUUGAAGUACCAAUUAUUGUCAUAAGUUAACUCCUGUACGACAAAUUAUAAUUUAAUAUUUUUUUCAUUUAAAUAUAUAAGAAUCAAUUGGUUCUUUUGUAAUGCUAAGCGGCUGUACAAUUCUAAGUACAAUGGGAACAGGGCAGCUCCAAUCCGAAUUAGGUUAAUAAUAAUUGCCAUUAAUACAGUGUACAAAAUUUUUAUUAUUGGAAUUUCAAAAUAAUAGGUAAGACCACAAUGAACAUAACCUCACAGUACAAAAUGUGUAAAAUAUUCAUUUUUAAUGCUUUACUUAGUUUAAGUUCUAUAGAUUUAAGUUCACAAUAAUCUCGGAACGGAGUUUUACUGAAAUUAUUUUAGUACAAGAUUCGAAAUUUCACUUUAAUAUAACAAUCUUUUGUACCUCAUCUUUUAUCUUGUAUAUUUUGCUGUUUACCAUCUAAGUUUAAUUCUAAGAGUAAUUUUACAUGAAGCAUGGGUGAUGCACAAUAUUUUUUGAGAUUUACGGCGUCGUUUUGGUUGCUGUGUGUUUUGUUGAUUUCUUGUUUAGAACUUGUAUUAAGAGGUACAUAAAACAUUCGAGCUAAAAUGAUGGUUGUGUUCUAUGAAUAUGAAACUCGUCGAAUAAAAAUAUCGAUUUUAUAUAAAUUUAUCGGUUUUAAAACACCCAUGCAUGUUAUAACAGUGGAUUACUGCAAUUUAUACAUUCCAUAUGACAUUCGAAAAUUGCCAUUUUAGUUGAGUUGUGACACAGGUAAAGUUGUCAAUAGAUUUCUGUCUACUUUACCGCAUUUAGCUUUAAUUUCUAAAAGACUCAUCCCAUCGUAAUCAAGUCGAAAAUGUGAAAUUUAGACUAAGAUCGAAUAGAGGUCGCCAGUUAGAAAGCGGUAGCUAUGCGAUGUGGAUUUUUGUCAUGCCGUCCCUUUCUCACCUCAAAUAAUUUUAAUUUUACGAAUUUUGCCCUCGAACGGCACCGGAGCUCAACGACGUUGUGACUGUUUUAAAAACGGAAGGCGAAACAAUUUAUUUUAACGGACGAUUAAGAUUAAAGGUUAGUUUUAAAUUUGUACUUGACACAAAUGGAUUUAUUUUUCAAAAUUUUAUAUAUUUUAAAGGUUUGGGUAUUGCUAACCAUUAAUUGUAAGGGGUAUACUAACAUAUUGAUCAAGGAAAAAAAUUAUAUACAUUCCAUUAGGUUUAAGAUAUGUAAUCAACCUGACUUAGAGUAAGAUUAACAUUUAUAAUAUUUAUAUUAAGUACUCUUAGAGUAAGCCGUCGUAUUGUAAUUGAUUGAGAUUAAGAAACCAACAUUCCAUGAUUUGUUAGCUGUGUUGAUUUAGCAUUUAUACAUUGUUUUUUUACCAAAUUGUUUAUAUACCAAUGCUUUUUAUUUUGUAAUGUAGACUUCAUACACAAAGAUCGAACCACACUCGACUUUUUUGUCGAAAUAAUGUGCUGAAAAAGUUCGGUAAUUUGGCAAGUUAAGAAUACAUUAAGAUGUUUCGUGUUAAGUUGACGUCGGCUAAAAUUACCUUGACCAAUACAAUACAUACAUGAUUGUGAAAUAAAUUUAUGAAGCACAUUUUAAGUACUUAAAACAAUACAUCAAUUAAAGGCGAUUUCUCAUACAUAUGUAGUGUCAUGUUUAAAAAAAUGCAUUCUUGUAAUUUUAUCUAAUCUGCAGAUAAAUUUAAAUUGAAGUGUGUUUCAUAGAUAUAUUGCAAUAACCAUAUAUUUUCUUUAAUAUAUAAUCUAAAUAUUAAGAAUUUUAAAUUCAGUAUUGUCUCAAUUUAUUAACUGAGGAAAAUGUUGGUAGUUUUAAAGAAAUUCUUAAAAAAAAUAUUUCAGCAUAUUUCGAGAAUACUCAAUCAACUGAAUUAAAUUCACAACAGAUUUUGUUUUGCUGUCUCUAGCCUCCACAAAGUACAAAAUAGUGUGCCAACUAAAGCCAAUUAUAUACUUUUGUUUUAUUAAUUAAAAUAUCAUCACAAAAUAUUAGAGGUGAAAUGAAAAGCUGGAGUCAGCAUAUUUAACCAAAUAUAAAUGUUUACUGUAUAACGGAUCGUUUCUCUUCAUUAUAUUGGAAGAAAACGGACCGUUAAUAAGUCACUUAAUCUUUCUUCAGAAGUGAGACGCAUUUUAAGCAAUCGUGAAUGAUUAAUUUGAUACUAUUAUUAUUUUCUAUGUUAUUUAAAUUAUGCUGCCAAAAUCAACAUAAUAUUUUUUUGAUUUAUGACAUCAAGGUUGCCUGCAAGAUAUUAAUCUUAUUAUCAAGAUCAGUAGGGAUUUUUUUAAAUUCUUUUCUUUUUUUCCCACUCAAAACUCUAAAUUUAACUUUUCAUAGAGCAUUUUUUUUAAGGCUAGUUUGUUAUUACAAAGAUUACUUAAGUAAUAACAAAAUAAAUUCUAUUAUUGAAGUUCCACGAUUGUUUAACUUAGAAAUGGGUCACACUUUUGACAUUACUUGGUAGAAUUAAUAUUAAUAUUAAACGGAAUAUAAUAUAGUGCUCAAAUAUUACUCGUAAUGUAACUGGUCUUUAACCAUGACAUAUAAUUUUAAUCGUAUUAGUGUGUAAGUACUUUCUAGUGUGUCUUGCUGUCUUGGUUACGAAGUAACUCGUUCGAUUUUGACGAAAAUUUGUUUGCGAGAGAGUCCAUAUUACGUAAAUAAUUCUAUGUCAAAUCGUGUCACGAGACGCUGGGAAAAAUGGGAGUUGCACAAAUUGUAUUAUUUUAAUUUUUGAAAUUAACAUAUCAUGAUUAUGAUGUGUGUUUGGAUUCAAUGCUUUUUACAAUACAAUGUAUAGUUUUCUAAUGGACUCGCGAAACAUAUUUUCGUCAAGACCUUUAUAUCUAUCAAUUUACCUGUCGCCAUAAUUAUAUUUCUUAAGUUUUAUAUUUUUAUAGUCUUUAUGUAUCGUUUAGGACAUGCUGUAACAUUAAUUUCAUCAAUCAUACAAUUAUUCAGGCCCAAUUUUUAUCGCAUUUAUAUUGGGGGUAGAAUUAUUUUUUUACAAUUAUGCAAGAUUUUUUAAACAGCUUAAUAAAUGGCAACUGCUGAGUGCAUAAGAUUAGACCUUUGAUGUUGAUAAAAUCGGUAUUUGAGUGAAUUAACGUGUAGAACGCACAUGUCAUUGGCCAGUAUUCUCCGAAGUUGUGCGAAAAUGAGCUUUAUAGUGAUUACGUCCGAGGAGAUCGAAUCUCUUUAAAUUAAAGGCUGCUGUUGUGUCAAUGUUAGGAGCGGUAUAUGAUACAAGUAAUAUGAGUUUAUGAGCAUUUUCCUUUGACAUACGAACUUUUAAAAAAAAGUGUGUCAGACAGAAUGAUCACCAAGAAAUUUGAAAUUCCAUUUAAAUGUUUGUCUUACAAAUAAAAUUUCUGGAAUAUACAAAAAUGCUUUUAAACUCAUAUUAAACGUACGAGUAGGGUAAAUUCGUGGGUCCACAGUAAUUAAGGUAGAGAUGUAGAUGGGUAACAAGGAGCGACACAAUGGCGCCCACUCACUUCACUUCAAAAAUUUCUUAUACGAAUGUCUUUUGUUUGACAAUGUUUCAUUCAAAGAUGCUAACGAAUAUCAGUGCACCUGUAUGUAUGUCAAAUUUAGUGAAGAAAAGUGGCGUUUAAUGGCGCGAUGUGCGGCGCAGUAGAGUCAUCCGAGUUACCUAUCUCGAUAUAGAUGGUUGUUAUCGGCUAGAAAAUACACCCAAGGUGUUAAGAUUGUGAUGUGUAAUGUACUAGGUAAGUGUUUUUGGCCUGUGCUAGUGCUUCGGUGGAAUGGAAUUAAUUGAAUUAUAAUUUGAAGGAGAGUAAUACGUUAUCCACCAAAACAAGAUCGAACGCUCAUUUCAAUUAUACCAAUUUAAAUAACUUAUGACAUAACGAUUACUUUCAACUACAAUUGAUGAAACAUUUCUGUAGUGAAAUUACAUUGUUUAAUGUACUGUAAUUUCUCUAAUAAUAAAUUGUAUGUCUAAUCUAAGGUGUUAUGUAAAUCCAACCAGUAUAUAAAAGGUGGUAACAUUAGUUGUCAAAAUGAAAUGCAUAACAUAGGGUGUAAAUCGAACGAACAAUAAUUAUUAAUUACGCAACAUUGGCAAUGUUAUUUUCCCCAAACGUUUACAGGCUGGUAUAACAUUUUACUUGUCAUGUAAUACUGUAAAAUUUACACACAGUAAGCCGAUAAACAUUUUGAAUUUUUAAAUCCUAAUUGAAGGUUGAAGUAUGUUUUAACAUUUUGUAUCAACGAAUUUUUUAAUUGUGCUCUCUAUUUUGUGAUUUAUAUUUAAAAAAGAAUCCUCCACUCCAGGGUAGCUAUAAUUACAUUUAAUAUUUAAUGUGUGUCUAUAACGAUAUUUUCGUGUAAUAUGUGUCUAAUAUACUCUUGAUUAUACUCAGAAAUCGGUGUUUAAUAUUUACAUUAGCUUUACUUAAAACAAUAAAUUAUAAAUUUAUAAA